UAAGAUAUCCUUUAUUUGUCCCACACUGGGGAAAUUUACAGUCUACAGCAUCAAGAUUGUGGGUAGAAAGAAGAAAGAAGAAUCUGUUGGCAUGAAAAGUCCAUGAUGCUGGAUUGGAAUCCGUCAGCUUUACAGGUGGGCCUUUUGGCUACCAGCUCGGCCCUCACUGCUGUCUUCUACAAUGUGUAUAGGAACAAAGCAGCGACAGUGACCAAAUUGAAGGAUGCCAAGAAAGUUUCCAUUGACCAGGAUUUGAAAAUAAUCCUGUCUGAAACACCUGGAAGAUGUUUCCCUUAUGCUGUCAUCGAGGGCGUGGCGAGGUCUGUGAAGGAAACUCUCCAUAGCCAGUUUCUCGACAACUGCAAAGGCGUCAUUGAGAGACUGACUUUGAAGGAGGAGAAAAUGGUGUGGAACCGCACCACCCAACUGUGGAGCAACACUCAGAAAGUCAUCCACCAGCGCACCAACACCGUUCCGUUUGCGCUCGGCCCGCACGACGACGACAUCGCCGCCACCGUUCGCAUCAUGCGCCCGCUCGACGCCGCCGAGUUGAACCUGGAGACCACGUAUGAGAACUUCCACCCCGCAGUUCAGUCCCUGUCCAGCGCCAUCGGUAACUUCAUUAGUGGCGAGCGACCCAAAGGCAUUCACGAAACCGAGGAGAUGUUGCGCGUGGGCGACAGCGUCACAGGCGUAGGCGAGCUGGUGCUGGAUAACAACAUCAUUAAGCUACAGCCGCCCAAGCAAGGCUUCACUUAUUUCCUCACUCGGCUGGACUACGACGCUCUCCUGAGGAAGCAGGAGCGAGAUGUCCGACUGUGGAGGAUUCUGACUGUAGUCUUUGGCCUUGCUGCCUGCUCCACCUUCGUCUACCUACUGUGGAAGCAGUACGUCUGCCACAGACAGAGGAAGCGCGUGAAGCGCAUGCUUCGGGAGUUUGAGGAGCAAGAGAAGAAAAAUAAGGGGGAACACAAUUUGGAGGAAAGCGGCGCGCAAGCCAGCAGGUGCACCGUCUGCUUGUUCCAGGAGCGCUCCUGUGUCUUUCUAGAGUGCGGUCACGUGUGCACGUGCACGAGAUGCUACGAGGCUCUGCCGGAGCCAAAGACGUGUCCCAUCUGCAGGGCGCCUAUCGACAGGAUGGUGCUCAUAUACAAUAUCUAAUGCGGGCACACUCGCGUCACACUGACCCUCUUGUUUUGUUAUGUUUUCUUGCCUGUGGACUAAAUUGCCUCCAUCAAGUUGGCUUUUGCAGGGGGGCAAGGGAAGUAAUGGGGCUGCGUAACAUUAUGACUAAUUGCAAUACAACGGUAUGAAAUA